AUGAGGUCAUCAGGAUUUGAGCAGCCACACUUUCUUGAUUCUUGCUUCCUUUGCCAGAGACAACUGAGCCAGAACAAAGACAUAUAUAUGUACAGAGGAGACACACCCUUUUGUAGCCAAGAGUGCAGGCAAGAACAGAUUGAAAUGGAUGAAGUCAGCGAAAAAAGAUGGAGACAUUCUUUGAAGAAAUCGAAUAAUUUGAGACAAAGCAAAGAUUCCACACAGGAAUCUGAGACCAAGAAAGCUGUAAGAAGAGGCACGGUUGCUGUUGCCUAAAAAAAUAAAAAAAGAUGAUCAUUUCGCAAUUUCCCAGUUUCUCAGGGACUUCUCUGAUAAAUGAAUAAUUAGGGAAGGGCUUUUCUGAUAAUUUUAAGAGUCUGAUCUGUAAAGAAAGAAGGUGGGCAAGAGAGUGGAGAGAAAGUCCCUCACCAACCAAUUUUGUUUCUUUUUUUCUUUUCUUUUUAUUUUUUUUUAUCUUUUAUUAUUAGUAUUAUUGUUAUUAUUUAAAUUGCCCUUAGUUGGGAUUAAAUGAAAUUAUAUAAAUCUAUGUUAAUGAUUUCUAUGAAUGUAGAAGCAUGAUUUUAUGUGAAUAUAUAUGUAUGUGUUACUAAAUA